CAAACAUUCAUUGUAAUUUAAUUUGUAAUAUUGUCUAUUAAUUGAGUUUAAUUAAUUAAUUUCAUCCAUUCUUCUUUCCAUCUUCCAAUUAAUCUUUUUUCAUUAUUCCAUUCUCUUUCUUUGAACAAAAUCAUCAACAAUAACCUCUCUUCACUUGAGUUGAGUUUCAGCCAAUCUUCUUUCUGUUAAAAAAAAUAGUAAAAAUCCAGUGUAUUGUAGUAUUAGUGUUUGUCUCAGCAAUCUCUAGUCUCUAUACAUAACAUACCAAGUUGAGUAAUAACAGAAAGGAAGAAAGAAAGAAGGAAAUUGUGUCUGCUUACCAUGGAAAUUGUAAUUUCAGUUGUAGCCAAAAUAGCUGAGUAUACACUUAAACCUGUGGGACGCCAGUUGGGCUAUCUGUUUUACUACACAAGAAAUGUAGAGAAACUCAAUACUCAACUCCAACAAUUGAAUGAUGCCCAAAACAGAUUGCAACGCCGUGUUCAGGAUGCCCAAAAUAACUGUCAAGUAAUCGAAGCUGAUGUUACCACAUGGCUGGCCACCUUUGGUCAAAUCUCUCAAGAGGCUAACACAUUUCUCAACCAUCCAGACCACGCAACGGUCGUGUGCUCUUGUGGAUCCCCUCCUCAUUUGCUGAUGCGACACCGUUUAAGUAGGAAAGCAACGAAGAUGUCGAUCCAGGUACACGAGCUCAAAGAGGAAUGCAAAUUCGAUACCAUUGCAUAUCCCCCUCACCUACACACUCCGUCUACAACAACUGCAGCAACAGCAACAACAACAACAUUAGCAGCAGCAACAACAGCGACAACAGCAGCAGCAACAACAACACUAGCACCAACAGCAGCAAGAACAACAUUAGCAACAACAUCUGCAACAGCAACAGCAACAACUUCAGCAACAACAACAACAUUAGCAGCAGCAACAACAACACUAGCAGCAACAGCAGCAACAACAGCAACAAAAGAGUACGAAAGUUUUAAUUCAAGGAGGGUCAUUCUGGAGGGCAUAAUGACAGCUGUUAGAGAUGGUAAUAGGAGGAGGAUUGGGUUGCAUGGAAUGGGUGGAAUAGGCAAGACUAUGCUUGCCAAAGAAAUCGCUAAACUAGCUAAGGAAGAGGAGUUGUUCAGUAAAGUGGUUAUCACCACAAUUUCUCAAGCACCAAACAUAAAAGAGAUUCAGCAACAUAUUGCUGAAAUGCUAGACAUGACAACUUUCAGCCAAAACGAAAGCAUAGACAAGAGAGCACAACUGCUUCGAACGCGAUUGGAACAAGAUGAAAGCAAGAUUUUGUUAAUCCUCGACGAUAUUUGGAAGGAACUCAAUCUAGAAGAAAUUGGAAUCCAUGACGGGUGCAAGAUUCUAGUAACCUCUAGAUAUUUGCAUGUUUUACGUAACUCCAUGGGUAUGGCUGAGAGUGAUGUGUUCUUUAUUGGAGCUUUAGAGUCGAGUGAAGCCAUCGAUUUGUUUAAGAAAAUCAUUGGAGACACUAAAGUUGAAAAUAAUGCAUAUUACAAAGCUCUGGCACUUAAGAUCGUUGAAGAAUGUGCGGGCCUGCCAAUUGCCAUUGCGACAGUGGCGCAUGCUUUGAAGUGUUAUACGGACGACUCAUCCAUGUGGAAGGAUGCAUUGCAAAGACUACGGAGUUCCAACUUUACAGGAAUUGAGGGAAUGCAUGACAAAGUUUACUUGAGUAUUAGGUUGAGUUACGAUUUUCUUGGAAGUCAAGAGGAGGAGGCCAAACUUUUGUUAUUGCUUUGUGCUUUACAUAAGGAAGAUGAAGAAAUACAAGUGGAAGACCUGAUUAGAUACUUUGUGGGUUGGCGAUCACUUCAAGGCAUCUAUAGAGUGGAAGAUGCAAGAAACAGGGUGAAUUCGUUGGUUGUUAAAUUGAAAGCUCAUUGUUUGUUGUUGGAUUGUAGGGAUAAAGGAAGAGUAAAGAUGCACGAUGUUAUUCGUGAUGUUUGCAUAACUAUUGGAAAAGAAGACCAUGGGCAUAGGAUGAUGAGUAACAUUGUUAUGUAUGAAGAUGAAAGACCUAAAGCAUCUAAAGCAAUUUCGUUUGCUGAUUAUGACGAUUUUUAUAAUCUUCCUCCAGAAUUGGAAUGUCCUAAUUUAGAAUUGCUUCUUCUAUCCAGUGGGUCUACUUUGGAAUCUAUUCCAGAUGAAUUUUUUAAGCAAACUGGGCUGCUUAAAGUUUUGAUUAUGAAUGGUACAUGCCUGAGAUCAUUACCUUCGUCUUUUCCUUCUCUUCAAAAUCUUCAAACACUAUGUCUGUGUAGAUGCUUUGUAGAAGACACAACCAUGAUUGGUGAAUUAAAGAAUUUAAAAGCUCUUGAUCUAUCCUGGAAUGAUUCUAUUAAGCGGUUGCCGAAAGAAAUAGGUGUUAGACUAUAUAUAUAGUGUAUGUAAUAUAGCAUAUAUAAAUGAUAUGAAAUGCGGAAAAUAAAACUGUAAUCAUAUCUAUAAUAUAUGCAAUGAAAGGAUCGAUGUACCUCCAGCCAUUGAUCUUUGAGCUUCAAUCCCUGCGAUAGCUUCAGUAUUGGAGUUCGGGCUUCCUCGCUCUCUCAACUCUCUUUAGAUGGAAUUUGCUGAAUGAAUUCAGAAUGAGUGAGGAGCUCGGGGACCGAGACCCUAUAUUUAUAGGUGAGAUACUCCAUCAGUAUCUGUGCCACAUUAAUUGUCAGAAUAUUUUGACAAUUAAUUCAGGAAAUCAAAUCAGGUAAUGAAUAUAGAAAUCUGACCAUAUAUAGAAUAUUACAUAAUUGAUUUUGUCCAGAUUUAAUGAAUAUAAAAUAUUCAUUUAUCAGAAAAUCAAUUAUUUAUUUAUUUCCUUAAAUAGAAAAUCAUUUUCUUAAUUAGAAAAUAAUUUCCAUAAUAAAAAUAUUCUAAUAUUCUCCCACUUGGUCAGCAUUUAAACUAAAAUAUUCAAACCCAACGUUCCUCAUUAUAUAAUAAACAUACGAAUCAUAGCGACAUGUCCUCAUUAUGAAUCGAGUAUUAUCUUCCAUGUAUUACAAUACAUUUAUUAUAUAACAAUGUACUUUAUGUGGCAAUGAACUUAAGUGAAUAAACCCUAAACCUUAUGUUUAUUCAGGUCCUCUGAAAUUUUUCUCAAAUGUAAAAUUAAGAUGCGCAUAAAUAUGAGAAAAAUCAAAAAUAAGAGUUUCAUUAAUAAUAACUUUAUUUGUACAAAUUACAUAAGGGAACCAAGUCCCAUGUUCUCUACAUGAUCCUUGAAUUUAUGAGGUGGCAAGCCUUUUGUCAUAGGAUCGGCAAUCAUCAAUUCAGUGCUAAUGUGUUGAAUGACCACUUUAUUUUCCUUAACACGU